AUGAAUUCUAUACAAUAACUCUAUUUUCAAGCCAUACUCAAGCAAUAAGAAUUAGAAAAAAUCAAAUAGGAGGAACAGGUACAAAGAUAGAAUCAAGAAGUAAAUUGAUUUAAAAACUAUGUUUAGAUUAGCAAAUAGCAGUUAUUGCUCUCUUUUGUUUCGCAGCCUGGUUUACACGCCGGUGAUAAGUAAGAAGUUUUAAUAUAUAUAUUAGAUAAAGUUGGCCUUUAAUCGACAUUCAAAACAGAAUAACAUAAUUUUACUAACAAUUAGUGCUUAGACGAGAAACAGUGAUCAUUAGGAAUUAAAUCGAAUAUCAUCUACCUUAUUUCCUCAAUGUAUUGGGUAAUUUGAUCAUUCAUGGGUUGGAUUCAAUAAAAUGUGAAGGAAAUUAUAUUGGAAUUCUAAAAUCCUAAUUUUUAAAUUAACCAAUGGGCAUUACUAUGAGUAAUUCAUUGUUCAAAACUCUCUCUCUCCUCUUGAGAUCAUCCCUUGUUUAAUUUGAUAAAGGUACUUUUUAAUGCUUAUGUUAAGAUUAAAUCUAGGAUCGAAGAUGUGUCAAUAUGAAAUAUCUUUAUCAAUUCUUAUUAUUUAGAGAUGACUUUUGCGAUAUUUUUUAUAAUUCUCUAUUUCAAUAUUAGAUAUCUUCACACAAAUAAGUGAGUUAAUAGCUAAGCUUCUAUCAAUUACAUCAAUUGGUGAUUAAAAAGUCAGAAGAUGUUUGGUGCACAUUCAUAUACAAACUAUUGAGCUAACAGUAAUAGUAGUUAACGACAGAUUAGUUUUUUGUUUAAUUUAAUCAUUACACACUUCUGCUGAAUAAUUUCUUUAAGAAACCAAAUCUAAUCUUUAACGUAGUUGAAAAUACUGUAAAACAAACAGCCCAGUUCCAUAAUGACGCAAUCUUUUAAGAAGUAUGAACUGUUAUUUAAUUUAGUAUCUUUUGAUUAUGGGUAGCUUCAAAGCAACAACCUAAGAUUUCUUGAAAUAAGCGACCUCUAUAUUUUUUGAUGAGAACAGCUCUGCAAUUGAUUUGUCGGAAUUUAUAAUAAAAACCAAAAAAAUACAGAAUCAAUUGAAUAGUUCCAUCUUAUAUAUAUUGCCUAUGCUAUUGCAAUUGGAGAAUCAAAUGAUCGAUAUGGUCUAAGUAAAUGGGAAACAAGAAGCAGAUCCAGUCAAAAACAGUUCCAAUUAUUAUUUAAAGAUGAUUGAGAGGCUGAAAAAUAAAUGUGUAUAUAAUGGAGAGGAAAAUUGCAAUUGCAAGAAGUGUUAAUGCAUCAGAAGGAAUAGAAAUUCUGCCAAUGAAUCUCAAAGGAAAAAGAGAGAGGCUCUUGAAAAAAUAGGUCCAUUGCAAGAUGCUUUUGAAGAAUUAAGAAAAAAGGUUAGAGUAGUACAGAAUGAGAAUGAGAAUCUUAGACAAUUACUUAUAAAUGUGUUCUAACAUCCUUAAGUAUCAAAGCUGGCUUCAACAUUCAUAGAACCUCUCACAAAAAUCAUAUCAGAUGCAGAUAGUGAAUUUGCUUCAUAUGAAUGUUGA